ACCCGCUAAGGGCGAGACCGUACGUUCGUAUCGGCUACUCCACGAUCGCGGCCUGCAGGUAAGCGGAUUUUUGUGUUGCAUAUUAUUGUUAUUUACUUUUUCGUUUCUUCACCGUAAAACACGCUUAUGCAUUAUAAUGCACUAGCUGCGUUUCUCGGCUUCGCCCGCGUGCAGUUUUAUAACGAAAAUACGAUUGAAACAAUAGAGUUUGUAUAUUUAGGCGUGUUUUGGCGAUGUGAUUUUAGCUGAGCGGUUUGCUGCGUUAUUAUUAUUCGUUUGCGAUAUCGCCAAUCCGUUUCUUCGACUGUACAGUAUAUUAGCAACGGGUAACCGAGAACAGUAAACGUAGGUUUUAAUUGUUUCGCCGAUCUCGGCCACCCGGUCGUCGAAAAACGCAUUUAGUCAUCAAACAAUUGAACAGCGAAUAAUAACGCCAAAACGGGCUGUUCGCUAAACUAUUCAGUCACCAGGCUGUUCGAAAAUGCACUGUCAAAACAUUCGGAUCGAUGCACUACGUAUUGAUGGAUAUAAUACGUUUUUUGUUCGCGUCACCGUAUCAUCGAUUUUCGUUUUGGGUUAAAAAACUUUAAAUUUUUCUCCGUGCAAACUCGACAUUCAUUUUCAACCGCUUGGUGGUGGCAUUUUGAAUUUCACUUUCUUAGCGGUUUCCUCCACAUGCGCGAAAUUUCAAGUUUAUAGACCAAUCGGUUCGGCCUUUAUAUGAAAAAAAAAAAAAUGUUUUGCCCGUGAACACGGAGGUUAGGUCGCGUUAGGUUUGUCGAGGUUAAUGGUGGGAUUCGGAUUUUUCGUUUUUAAUCUAUUCAAUUUUCCCGAACGUCUCGUAUUUCCGAGCGCUCGGUGCGCCGACGUACGUCGUGUAUACUCUCGAAGCUGCUGGGGCCCAUUUAAGAGAACGUCCGACCGGCAUUGUUUAUGCCAGUAGUCGAAUUAACAUAGCGAAAUUGCGUUGCUUCGAACGUGAACUGUGGCGUUCGGGUUGAAACUGGAGUAUGGGCAUGCACUGACGAAGUUUAAAGACCGGGAUAUUUCCGCGUGCGUAGAUUUUUUUCUGAAAAAAACAUGUCGCGCCGAAAAUGUUACGGCCAUGUGUGCGGGCUUCAGCGUUUCUAUACGUUUCGUUAUUAUAGCGUUUGAUUUCCACCUAAACGCCGCAGCAUACGUCCGCGGCAACGCAAUCGUUUCGCCGUAGUUUAUAUGCGUGUUGGCGUUGGACCGAGACGCGACUGCGCCGUCCUCUUAAAAAUCUGUAUUUGUUUAUUGGCCGUGCCGCGGCGUUUGUUCACGUCGCCGGGUUCACGAUAACGUAAAUCACGGCGUUAGUGUUAUGUAGGUAUAAAACGACGGAUAAAACGCCAGAUACGAGCGCUGUAUAAACCGUGGUGAACGUUUCAUAAGUGUCCGUAAUAAUGGUACGUGUUAUAAUAACUAACGUCUCCGCGCGGCACGGCACUUGGGUUUAUAGAUUGUACCUAUAUAAUAAUAUUAUUGUUGUUAUUGUCGGAUCGACGAGCCGAGUUUGGGUAUACAAUUUUUUUUUUUUUUUUUCUAUGUCCCGCGUUGCAGCGCAGACGGUCGUGCGUUGUCGCGCGCAUAAUAAAAGAAUUUAGACGUAUCUGAUGUGCGGUGCAGUGUUUGUCGACGGCGGCGGAGAGAAAAAAAAAAGACACCCAAACAAACAAACCACCACCGGAAAAAAAACAAAAAAAACAAAUGAAACGAAAAAAUAAAAAAAAAAGAAUAUUAUUAUUAUAAAUCUAAGGAUUUUUCAAAGAAUUCGCCAGAUGUGGAAAAAGAUAGGCAAACAGGCACUAUAGACACACAUACAUACACACACACACACACGCACACACACGCACACACGCGCACACGCACACACGCGCAUACGCAAGGUUUAUGGUUAAAAAAAAAAAAAAAAAUACUCUGCGUCUCUCCCAUUGUACAGUUAUGAGACCGCCGCCGCAGACUUUUUGACCCAUCUGCAGCAGCCGACCGGUAUAUUUAGACACGAAUAUGUAUAAUAUGCGCUUUUUUUUUUUUUUUUUGAAUUAUUUACUUGUUUAGGUAUGACGAAAAAUGUCGGGGCGCGUUAUUUCAUUAUUAUUUUCACACGCGGUUGCACGGAAAAAUGCAAACCAUCCACCGGCGUGCACGAUUAUUUUACCGCCGAAUUUCGUUUCUAUAUUAUUAUUAUACAUUACGUUUCGGGUUUUUUUUUUUUUUUUUUUAAUUUUAUAACGUUGUAAAAUACCGAGUUUGUAUUAAAUAUUCAAAUAAUUUUCGUCUUCGUAUACAUACUUAACGCGAUCGUUCUUUGCGUUUAGGUACCCAAGACAAACCGCCGUCUGCUGUUAAGUAUUUAUUUAUUAUUGUUUGUUAGGGGAUCAUUUUGGUAAUAUUUUUUUUUUUUUACAAUUUCGACUAAUUUUCGGCCGUUAUAGUAACGAUACCGAUUUUUGUUUAAAUAUACUGAGUUUAAGACAAUAUAUUAUUUAACAUUAUAUUAACGUUAUAUUAUAACAUUUUAAAUCCUGAAUGUAAUGCUGAAGAAGCCAUUCGUUUUACCAAAACGCGUGGUUUUUUUUUUUUUAGUACGUUUUCGAUGCUCAGUGAUUCCGUUCAGUCGUACUUUUGUUACUGAAAACAUUUUUAAAAAUUCUCAAAUGUUUUUCUAAAUCAUAAAAAUAAACCCAAAAAAUACAACAGUUACAUUCUUGGACCUUGGAUAUUAUUACCUCCUCCACUCAGAAUCAUUUUUUCACGGAACAAUGAACAUAAACUAAAUUACCCCUAUAUCCUAUAUACUUUCAAUUCCCACCCGCAAUAGCAGUGGCUUAUCUAUGGUGAGUACUGCUUUAUCGGUACAGUUAUGGAUAUCAUAUAAUAUGUAAUAUAAAAGUCACGCGUACGACGAGUUUAGGUGCGAUGCACUCUGAAACUGCUCAACCGAUUUGAAUAAGAUGAUGUUCAAUGUGCGUGAUUUGGUCCAACUUAAAAGAUAGGAUAGUCUUUAACGUUCCAUUCUCAAUCCCGCGAAUUAUCUAGGGAUUUUUAGGUAUUUUUUAUACAAAUAUCUAAUUGUCUUCAAAAACGUGAAAUAGACGUACGGGAAAAUCGCGUACAGUUUUCCGGGGGUGUGCGCGCUGUUGGCGUAAGCGCGCUGGGGAUGUUGUGAUAACACGCGCGAGCAUUGGAUCGAACCGCGAGAGUAUGCUAUCAUCGCGCACAGCACGCCCUGUAUAUGCACGCGGAAACGCCGGCGGGCACCGAAACCCGCGUUUCGCGAUGCGCACGGGCCUCAACGAUUGUACCCGGCCGGAAAGGGUACGGACCGGCGCGGCGGCCCGAGGGGUCCGGUGGCGUCGUCCAGUUCCGCGGAAACCUUCGGCGGUCCGGACUGCCGCCGCCGUCGCGUCCGUCACGAGCGGGCGAGAGAAAAAAAAUAAAACAAAAUACGCCGGCCGAUUUACCCGACCAGACGCGUCGUACGCGUCGUCGCGCGCAUCCGUACGCGCAUCGUAUUAUUCUCGUUUUCGGGGGAUCGGGGUGGCGCGUCGCCGCCGCGUUAAUCCGCAUUCCACCGCCGGUCCUCUCACCACCCCUCCCCUCACGGUAUCGCUCGCUCACUCCGCGCAGUACCGAAUUACCGUCUUCACCGUAUAAUACCCUUUUCUCGGCACGCACACGUCGCGCGAACACGACACGAAACGACACUGUGUGCGCGCGCGCGCUUGUAUAUCCAUUGUACGUUCCGUACGUACACUCACCCCCCGUGCUCCCCCCCACCCUCAUUUGCAUAACAAUUUCCGACGGUUUCCCCGGGCUGUAUACAAUAUAAUACGCGGUACUAUGAGACCUCUCCUUUUUUUUUUUUUUUUUUUUUUUUUUUUAUUAUCAAUAUACAUAAUACGUAUACAUUAUAAUACGCACGUACGCGAUACAAUAAAAACGAUAUUAAUAACGUCCCCUGAGACGGCGCGGACGACGUUUUGUCACGCGCGUUACAAUGCGCGGUACGAGUAUUAUAAACGAGCCGGGCGUCGUUAUAAUUUAUCGCCCGGGCCGCGUGAACGCCGUACACGCACGGUACGGUAUCGCACAGCCGCCGCCGCCGGCGGUGGGGGGGGGGGGGUGGUGGUGAGGGAGGCGUACGCGAUAGGGGCGGGAUUGGGAUGGGGGUUCGACCGCCCACCCAUAGGCUUUCUUUUCUUUUUUUUUCGACUCGCGCACACACACGCCGCCGUAUAGGAUUACUACCGUUAAAAACCCGUCGCGCGCGCGAUUUACGGACCCGCGACAACACGCGGCCGUCGAAUCACGAAGCAACCGCGGCACCGAGUCGCGGUCCGCAGGUUUUACGGUUUCGGUGACAACGUUCGCCCGGCACUGCGGGUCGCUUGCGCGGGUCGUUGAAAUUUCGGAGAUCGACUGUACCGGUGUGCGAAUUCAAACGUUUCGAAAGUGUGAUGUCCGCGCGACUAAAUCUCGUGCGUUGCGAUCGGACAGCCGUCAUCGGAUCACCGUCGGUUUUUCGUGCGGUUGAAAACCGUUCCGCGCGCUGCGAAAUCGCAUCGUGCUACCGAACCUUAUCGCGUCGACCCGUUUUCGGUUAACGUGAACGUGUAGAACUGUCUAACCGCGCUACGACGACGCGUUCCGGCGGACAAUCUCCCCGUAGUAUACCGUUUAAUUUUCUGGUUUUUUUUUUUUUUUUUUUUUCUUACACCAUAUUUCUAAGAGUCUGUUUCCGUGUUUUCAGCGCGUAUUCGCGUGCGGUACGUUCAAACGUUAUCGCGGCGUGCACACACGUCCCCGCCCCAAUUGUUAUCAUCAAUCGUUUCACAAUUAUUUAUUUGUUAUUUCAGCGUUGCGGCGGAACACGACUUAUACUGCCGCGUUUCGCGGGCGAACGGAAAACCGCACCGGACAAAUGACGAACAAUGUGAACGUCGCGCGUUUGGACGCCGGGGUCUCGCUGCGGUGCUGCUGCAACAUACUGGCGGCGGCGGCGAUCGUGUUCGGCCCGUCCGCCGCGGCGGCCGGCAAAACGGCCGACGAGCCGUUUAGCGUGUGGUUCCGCGCCGAACCCGGUCUACCCCGCCGCAAAGACAUGCGGGAAGACAAGCUCAACCGGCUCAUCGGAUUGGAUUACGACCCGAUGUGGAUGAGCAAAACGCCCGUCGUGUCGGUAAUAAAACAUAAGAUAUUGUAAAUAUCCCGUAGACCCUACGCGGAGCAGAGCGUGGUCGGACGCCUGUGUGGUAUGGUGCCGGGAGGGGGGGGGGCCCCGACAAAUCUAAAAGCGUUUUUCGACUGACGACAAAUCGAACACAUUUCUAGUCGUUAUCGAAUUUCAUUUAUUUAGCGGCGUCGGCUACUUUACGAAUUGAAAGACUCCCAGCGACGACCGGACGAAUCCAAUUUUUCAGAAAGUCGGUUUUUGGCGAAUUUCGAAUAGACAUUUCCUCCCUCCCCCUCCCCAACCAUUCAAUAGUGUGCAAGAACAGGACCGAUUAUUGAUACACGCGGAGGUAUAGGCAAAAUUAAUUUUUAACUGAGCAGCGGUUACUCAUGAAGCAUAUUUUCUUUUUUUGAUGUUGUUUUAGUGAAAAUGAUUUGAUUUUUUUUUUCCAACAACGUUUUUUUAAUAUUGUUGAAUUUUGUUUCGCGUGCGGAAAAUGAAACCGCACUAAGUUUAAUUGUAAAAUAGUUUUAUUACAAAACUAUAUAAAACACGUAUAUACACUGAAUGUUUAUUUUUAUACAAAUAAUUUACAUUUUACUCGCGGUCCAGAUAAAAUUACCACGCGGGCCAUAUUAACUAAGACGCGUAGAUGAAUUUCUAUAUGACAUAAUUAAAUAUUGAACGGAAAUAGCGUGUUUCUCUAAAUGCAAUAGUAUCUCAAAAUAAAACUGCACUAUUGCAUAAAAAUGAAUAUAAAUAGUUAGUGUAUCACUAAAUUAAUGAAUUAAUAAAAAAGUAAAUUCGGUCAUAAAACGAUUAUAUUUUUUUCAAGUUUAAACAUGCAAUUUCGUUUAUAAACUUGAAAACUGCAAAACUGUAAUGAUGACAGACAGAACACUUUUCGUUUUGCAGGUAUUUUAAAACCACUGAAAUCUUUAAACUCGUUGUUCUGAAAACGUGUUUUUCCGAGUUACAACACUACCGUUCUGAUAGUGCGAUAUUUUGACGGAGAUAAAUAAUAUUAUAUUGAACUUAUAAGGUAAAUAUUCUUCAGCACUAAAAUACGUGUUUGUGUGAAUAAUUACGCGCGCACACGGAUUUUACGGUUUUAUAGAAUCUAAUGUUAAUUUUACGCGAAUACGUGAAACUGUGUACACGGGAAAAUAGUCGGGGAACUGUAAUAAAAUGAACUAAUAAAAAUGUUGUACAAAAUACUCACACGCAAAUCUAAUACAUAAUAUGGUUGAGGAUAAAAGUGUUUUUGUUGAGCCGAAUUUUGCACGGUAAUAUUAUUAUAUGAUGUGGUACCGUCAAGGUUAAGCGCAUUUAGACAUUAAAAAUCUAAUUUAAUUUAAAUAUUAACCUCCUGAUUUUCAAUUAACUAUUAGUUGUGUUAUUUUUUAUAUCAACUUAGUAAAAAAAUGUAAACGAGCUGAUUUUGAAUGAAGCCGCGUUAGGCCAAUUCAAAUUUCUUUUGAUUUGAAAACAAUUUGUAUUGAAUUAACAAACAAUCCGAGACACUAUUCAAGUAUGCACCGUCGUAUGGAUCAGUAGUCUUCAACCGGUGGGUCGCGACCCAUUUUCGGGUCGCGUAAGCUUUUGAAAUUGGGUCGCGAUAAGUGUUCUUUUCAAAAUACAAAUUAAGUUUGUACAAUUAUACAAGGUAUACACAAGUAAUUGUUUACACUAUAAACAAUUAUAACAAUUCGUUUUUAUUCAAUAAUGUAUGGCGUUCCGAGUUUAAAAUUAAUACGAUUAAAAAUACAAAACUUAACUUCACUCAGUUAUGAUUAAUAAAACAAUUAUCGUUUAACGUGUCUAGUUGACUGAUUAUUAAUUUUUUCAAUUUGUCCAAUUUAUUUUCAACGCCAUCUUGUAUUACCACGUCAUACAAAACACUUUUAUAAACACUUUUGGUUUUCUACUGUUAUCGUCCAGAUUUUACUUCCCAAUCAGCUGCAGUAUGCGCCAAACAUCAACAGUUCGCAAUCGAUUCUCUCUUACAGUGUGUAUGUUAAUAUUCCUCGGCGUGUAUAGCCAAACAUUUGUUUGUUCAGAGUUUUUAUCGCUUGGAAAAUGCAUUUAACUAACAUUAAUAAUCACGCCAUAGCUAAAUAUAUAAAUUCAUCUCUUUGUUCUAUCUACUGGUUGACACCGACAUGUGUACCCCGGCUUUUGUAUUGUUUACAAACUUUCACAUAUUAAGGAAAAUUCACUAAGCGUGCUCAGCGCUCAUCCCAUUGUUUCGGUUAAAUUGUACAUGUAUUCAAAUUCUGAUUUUCGAAAUUUUUAUGCAUAGUUAAAGCCGACGUUUUCGAAUACUUAGAUUUUCCACAAACUAACCCCGCCGCAGGAUACAUCUUAAACGUUGUGAAAAAUCCAAGUAUACGAAAAUAUCGUUUUCAAUUACAUUUCAAAUUUCCAAAACUCAGAAUUUGAACACGUGUAAAAUUUAACCGAAACAACGGAUGAGCACCCGAGCACUCUGUAUACAUAUUAUAUAACAUUACUUUAAAAUCGAAUGUAAAUAUAAUGUUCUAGUCGAUAAAUUGUCAUUAUUUUUCUCCGGACGAUUUCUUAUAUAUCCCCAUAUGUAUUAUACUUCCAGAUUUGAAAUAUCCCCUUCUGCCCCGCCUUCACACGAAUGCCACCGUACUACGACAUUUUAUUUUAUUAAUUCCCUAGCUCAACACCGUCGCUCGUUCAUUCCUGUACACACCGCCGUCCGUCCGGAAACCGUUUAAAUUUCUCCGUCCGCCUUCGAUAUUCUUCCGCCCUCCGGGGCAACGCAACGGUCCCGAAACGCGCCUUGCGGCUACCCGUGAGACGUCGGGUUUUUCGGGCGAUUUUCUCGACCGUGUCGAACCUAUCGAGAGCGCGCUACGGCACUGUCCAAUAAUAGUAAAAUCCGCGGAUCGACUCGGACGCGGUAAAAAGCAUAAAAAAAAAAAACAAAAAACAAAAAAGAAACGUCGCGCGAUCGUCGAACCGCCGCCGCCGCCGCCGAGACGUGUUCAAAUGAUAUUCCCGCCCACGCGAGACCGUUAAGACCGCGGCGGACGAAAAUUCGAUUGCGAUCGCGUCACGACGUCGCGCCGCGCGGCCGGCUUACACAUUGUUGCGAUAUUCGUUACGCGUCCCCUUGCCAAACGCGGAAAACCGCGCGCGCGCGCGCUUACGGGCACGCGCGGGUCGCACUUGUACGGUUUACGGUCGCAAUCUCACGCGGUUGUUUGUUUUUUUUUUUUCGUACGACGGCCGCGUGCGAGCACCGAGCGAAUACGAACGCGGACUACGCGGGAAUGCGACGGGGUGUGACUGGCGCGCGGCCGUCUCGUUUUAUCAUUCCGCGUGCGCUUUUACACGCGACGGUUACGUUUUUGAUUUUUUUUUUUUAUUGGAAAAUUCCGAAAAACGCCGCCGACGGAUCCGUUUUGAUUUUCACGCGCGACGUGGUAGGCGAUACCGGCCGGUUUUCGUUACCCGGGGUUCCGGACGGGUCCGUCGGGUAUGUCGCGCCGCGCGACCGUGGGUGUGCCCCGCGCUAGUCGCGCGGUGACGUUAAUCCCUAUGUUUAUAAUACGAAAACCGCCGUCGCCCCCCCCCACUGCCCCCCCACUGCCCCUCGAAACACCGCCGGCGCAUUCCGUCGGUGUACCCGACCGCGCGUCACUGCGCCGCCGCGCUCUGUACGGGAUUUGUCCGCAGCGCUUGACGAUUUCCUACGGGUAAUUCGCGUGAUGCACGGGGAAAUUGUCGGAUCCCCUCCCCCUCCCCCCGUGGACGCGCACGCCGUAAAUUAUAAUAUUAAACGCGCGUUACGUACGACAGCUUUUCGUGAAAUUUAAUACCGCGGAACGCCGAACGCCGUACCGUCGGUCCCGGGGCAUAAAUCAAGCGUUUAGUAUUUAUCAUUUUUUUUUUUGAUAAUUUCCGUAACCGAUUUUUUCCACUUUAUUCGUCGGUGUUAAUCGCAUGCGCGCGUGUGUACGUUAUAACAUGUUGUAAAUUGAAAUGUCUCCGAUAACAACAGGACAAAACACGUGCAAGCCGUAUAAUCAUACGGGUAAAGCCGUUUUGGAACGGUUGCGUUUCGGUUACGUCGUCAUUUAGUAAUUCGGUAAUUUAAAAAAAAAAAAAAAAAAAUCAAUCAAACAAACAUCGCGAUUAAAAUUCUCGUAUGUUAUCGUAUAACAUUAAUUCACAUCCGACAAAAAACGAAAUCGUUGAUAAUAUUUAUUUUUUUUAUAAUUUACAUUUGUACAACAGUAAAAUAGGUUUAAUGUUUUUUUUUUUUUUUUUUUUUAUAACAUAGUAAUAUUUCCGAUUAAUUUUUUUUUGUCUACCGGUAAUGUUCGUCUAAACGUAUUAGUCAGGUGCUGAAAAACAAAAAAAAAAAAAAGGCGAAUAACAUCGACGUUAUAUAAUAUUCUGAGGGCUAUGUGAUCGAUUGACUCGUCCGGUUUUGAGGUCUCGUACUUUCGCACGCGGUUUGAGAUGUCAGGGCCGGCCUGAAGGCAGUGCACUCGCACACGGCCCCACGCUUUUUGAGGCGCCUCGUCGAGUCGCAAUCGCAGCGCGUGUUUAUUUUCUUACUAGGGAAAUGUGUUCAUAGAGAUUUACCUACGCACGGACUCCCCGUAACAUUGACCGCAAAGGGCCUCGGUAUUUGUUUUUAAAACCGGCGGUAGAUAUUGUACGCCGCACUAAACGCGCGAAGAAAAACGAUUACCGCGCACGGUCUUUUCUCUGCCGUAACAAAUGAUUAACAGUCUAAAUUCUUAUAGAACGUCCAAUAAUUACUGGAACGUAUUUGUUGCGAAAAUAUCGAAAUGUUAUUUUAGUAGUCACGUAACAAUUAAGUAUACGCACCGACAAACCAAAUAAGUAUACAGACGCAUAAUAUUAUGUUACGAUGCCGGCGCGCAGCGUGGGGAGUGCCCACGUGAACACGACUCCGUGAUAUUUCAGCGUACCUACACCGUAAACGUAAAAUAAUACAUCCGUUUUAGCUUCUUGUCGGAGAUUAAACCGAUAUCGGUUUUACAUUAUUAUGUCCGGUGUUGUUGUUUCGUUUAACAUUUACGUUUUGUUAUCACGAUAAAUCGUUAUCUUAACGGAUUUGCCAGAUUUUUCCGGUUCGAUUUGUGGUUGUUUUUUUUUUUUUUUUUUUUUCUGAAAAUCGAAAUGCGUAAAAUAAUAAUAUUACGCCCGAUAAUAUGGUACGCCUGGGUGGGUAUAUAGCUUCGUUUCGCCUGUUUCGGAAUUGAGGAUAAUAAGCACUGCGCACUUGGGCAUUCUCGACUACCACACGUUUUGUUGUUACAAUGAUAAUUCGACAAACAAUUUUUCGCCAUAAAAACCGGAAAUUAUUGAUCCGCAUUAUCGUGUCUGUUGUGUUGUGUGUUUAAUUUUAAUAUUAAUCUUUUUCCCGCUACUUUUGCGGACACUUUUAGCGGCUUCUCCUGUGGACCAAACGAGCUCCGGUCUCGAGAAUUGGAGUUAUUUUAACAAACAAGCGGAUUGAAGUAAUACAAUUCGGGUUCAAAACUAGAAUACCCGUCAUAUUCUUGCGGAAGAAGGAUGUUUUUAGCUUAAUGCUAAAAACAUGAGUACUAAGUACUAAGAGUGUUUAAUACACUCUUACAGAAACUGGAAACAAAGCGAGGCGGAUGCAAUUCUGUACAUGUACGACGUGAUAUGUUGAUGCCUUUUGGGGAGUUACAGCUUUCAAUUCUCAUUCUUACCAUUUUCAUGCUAAAAUUUCAUUAUUUUUUUGGGGAAAUAGAAAAUUUAUAUUAUUCGGUUGUUUAUUGUUUCGCAAAAAUUAUUUCUAUAAUACUAAAUACACGGAGAGGUUAGGUUGACUUUAGAGUGACAAAUAUUAAUUUUAGUCCGAAAUAACGGCGAUUUUUUAUCUUUUAGAUUCCGAGCGAAGCUAGGGAACUAUUGGUUUUUUCAAUGAUGUUUAUUUCUUCUAUUUUUUAUUCUUUGUUCUAAUCUGUGGACAAGUAAUUUGCUCCGAUUUUUACACGUAGCAGCUUCUCUAAAAGCUCAAGUUGUCUAGAUUGUACUUUAGAGUACAAUACUUUAGGUCAUUUUGAUUUUCGACGCCAUUUAUUAAAUAAAAACACCUAAGUGGGAAAAACGUAGGAAAAUGUACAAUUUACACGUUUUCAUUAUUUUAUAAGAACACGGACGACGUUUUCUUCCAGAAAAAAAGAUUUAAUCGAAAAAUUACAAGAAAUCUUCUUUUUUUUUUUUUGCUUUUUGAUUUACUUUCUUACGGUAUAAUUGCCAAAACUUUUGAGCUUUUAAGGAAUUUUAAUUUUUGGGAUUUGUUUGCUGUAAUUCGGUCAUAAAUACAUGUAGAGACUUGAAACUUGGUAAUAAUACUUAUAUUGGCCUUACCUAGACUUGGUAAAAUCUCUAAAAUGAUCGGACGACUUUUUUUUUAAUAAGCGUUUUGAAAUCAAAUUUAAACAAAAAUCGCGAGAAAAAAAAACGGUACUUCAAAUUAUGUAUUACCGAACUGCGCUCGGAAUCGUCUUUCGUCAAGCAACGGUUUAUAGUUGCUUAUAGAUAUGAAUGAAAUAACCUUAUGUAUCCUACCUUCCCAACUUCUCACUGACAACAGUGGCUGAUCUUAUCACCAGUAUCGCCUCUAUUUUAUCUUUUAAAUUUAAAUUUAAUUGAAUUCGAACUGUGUAUACAUGAAUUUAUUUCUAAAUGCAGAAAUGGUACAUGUUAAAAUUGUACAAUUUGUCCAUAAAGCAUCUAGAAUUGUAUAACAUUUCAUAAAAAUUAUCAUAGAAACUUACAGACAAUAUUCAACGUUGUAACAUUAUUUAUAUUAACAUGAAAUUUGAUUUUCAAUUUUUUUUAGAAAUAUUAAGUACACUGCUAUAGUCUUUCUUGAACAAUUUUAAAAUAGUAAUAGUUACGCUUUCUGUGUUCAGUAAUUCAUAAGUACUAUUAAUGUCACAUGAAAUUUAAAACGGUUUGAGGACGUCUUCUAAAAUUUUUUGAACUGAAAUUUGAACAAUAACAGCAGUGACGUAUUUAUGGUGAGAGAUUGGAGAGACGCAUCUUCUCCAUUUGCCUUGUUUCAGUAUUUAUUAUUUAUAUGACAACCUAUUUUUUAAAUUCAAAUUUCUUUACUUUUUAGUAAGAAAAAUCAAAAAUGUGUUUGUUCCUAGUAAGUGUAUGUAUCGAAAAUAUUCGAACGUUUACAAUACAUUUACGUAUAUAAUUAUAUACAUUUUUAAUAAAUUAAUAAUAAUUUAUUACUGUUAUACCUAAUGGUGAUUUUUGGCCAGAUUGAAUUAUAAAUUACUCAUAAAAAUGUCCACAUUAAAAUAUUACCUUUUUUUUUUCUUUGAAGUGUCCACGCGUUAUACAACAUGGCAAAUUCCCAAAUUCAAUAUUACUCCCACCUUGCCAAAAUCCGAAAUACGCCAUUGACUGUACCGUUACUACUCGCCGCGUGUUUUGUACAAACGAUUUUAUUUUCGCUUUUGUUUUGUCCGUUUAUGCAAUUAUUUACGACUUCAUUGGGUUAUUAUUUUUAAAUUUUUUUUUUAUCUCGAUCAUAUUAUAUUGGCAUUAGGUAUCCAGUAGGUAGUGUACUGCAAUACAAUAUAUUAUUACGUAUAUACCAACCCAUACUACACCGGUCUACAAAAAUAAUCUCAUUAAACGUAACGUAUUUAAUUUCUAUUCGCAGACGUUUUUUUUUUUUUUUUGUGUGUACACGUUGUCAAUACAAACGCGCAAAACCGUACGGUCUGAGCGUAUAUUACGAAAAUUGAUUUUUUUUAAAUUUUUUUUUUAAUGCACUACACGCGUGCGUUCGCUUCACGGUGGCCUGCGAGUACUGACCGCCAAAUGUCAAUAAAUCGUCAUUAAUUAAGUGACGUAGUACGUAUAAGUAUAUGUGUAAAAGGGGAACCGAUACCGAUCAUCGGGUUUUUUAAUGUUUUAUUUUUUGUAUUCUCGAAUGGGAAAAAAAAAAAGAAGCUAAUGAACACGUGUAUUAUAGAUACGCGAGUAUUUUCUAAUCAACAGCAAUAAUAAUAUUAUUACAUCGGUGUGGAAUGGUGGGAAACUAUAGCGUCUGUAUAUAAUACGCGCUCAAACGAUUUUUAUUACUUUCUCCGUGACACGCGGUGUAAGAUUUGGAAUUAAGAUACCGACCGGCUCUUGACGCAUUGACAUUUUUGAAAAACUAUCGCAUAUAAUGCAUACAAUCGACCGCAAAAUAAAACGAAAACGAAUCCGAAUCACAAGGAAUAAUUUUCGAGAUAGUAAUCAUCGAUGUCGCGAUAAAUUAAGUGGAAACGAAAUCAGUAACUAUUAUAAUAUUAUGUUUAUGUGUAUUAUUAAAUUAUUUUGCAUCUUUAAAUUAUUCGAUACCGAACCUAUUUUAUGCUUUAAAAAAAAUAUAUGUAUCUCAUAUACUAGCCGAUUCAUCGGGCUUCGCCGGAAUCACAUAAUGUUUUUUUUUCAGGACGAAUGGAACAUAUUUUAAAAUUUAAACUUAUGAAAAGAUUUUAUUGACAAAUUUGAUAAUUUCGAAUUGAGGUUGAAAAACAAUUCGACACAGAUACUAACAGUAGUUUUACAUUUGAAAUUCAAAUUUAUAGAGAGAUUUUAUUUUAAAAUACUUUCUAUUUUUCACACGAAGCUAGAAACACAGGUACUGAUAUUCUCGUUCGGCGUUUACCGGUCGCAAUUUCGUUUCGUUAUAGUUUGAGCUCUAGCGUAUUCGCCGAUUACUGUUCAUACAAAUUAAUUACUUGAUUGUUUAUUAAUUUUUAAAAGCGAAAUUAUGCUUAAAAAAACCCGCUCCAAGGUGUACACGAAAAAAAAAAAAAAAUCAAGUCUAUCAAUAAUUCAGCAGUUUCGGAGAUUAUCGGUAACCGACAAAGUACCAUUUCGCAUGUAUAUUAUAAAAAUUAUAAAUGCAAUAACAUAGAACGAGUGCGAUAGUUCGAUACCGCGUGCGACUAUUCAACAUAGUUGAACGACGGUUAAUAAAGUCCGUAUAUGUAUAUAAAAAAUGUAUUUUAACGGGACAUAAACGGCUUUGUUGUUUGUAACCGAUAAAUUGUAAUAUUAUAAUUCUGUGGCUCUGUGCAAAAGGACCAAUGUCAAUUUUUUGAAAAAAAUCAGUUAAAAAUGAAAAAAAAGAAAAAGAAACGUGUACGAUUUAGCUUUUUCUAAAACGUAAAAUUUGAAAACUACACAAACGUUUACGUUUAUUAAAAUACGCAUAGCCUCGCGGGGAAAUAAUAUUUCAAAGCCCGUUUCCCGACAAUCACAAAACGCGACGUGUGGCCCUUCUUCUCACGCACCGGGCCGCGGCCUUUAUAUAUUAUUACGUUACGGACAAAGUGGAAAAUGCGGACAUCGUGCCGACGUAAGGCAAACACGUUCGGUUUCCAACGUAUUCUGUUUUUCCCGCUUUGUCGUUCACCGUCCGUUGUGGUGUUUUGCAGGCGAACGGCGUCGGCGGCAUUAACGUUACGACGUCGGACACGGCGACGGUGCAGGCGGCCGGUCCGGACCACAUACAGCUCCCGAAACAGCUGCCGGCGCAAUACCAGGAGAUCGUGCGCUCGUGGCUGUUGCACAGGGCCUCGUGUCCGGUCGAGUUCACCUGGACGGACCUGGGCAAGUCGUUUUGGCCCCGGUGGAUCAGGACAGGACGGUGCGGUCGAUCGGAGACGCCGAGUUGCAGUUGGCCGCCCGGCAUGUCGUGCAUGCAGACGUCCGUCAGGGUCCUUAACCUGUUGAGGUGGCACUGUUGGUAGGCUUGCACUGUGCAACACGCGUUAUAAACGUGUUACGGGAAAACGUCCGAAUCGGACUAACGAUCAGUAACGCCACAGAGCGAAACGCUCAAGUGCUCGCGAUACUCGGGCGAAACGCCACGUCAACGGCUUUUGCCCGGUAAAACCUACGAGGUGGCGACCAACCUCGUUCGGGCAAAACCGUAGCGUUUGUAAAUUCUAAUUUUUCACGGUGCGUAGGUUCAAAAUUAUUACCGAGAACGGCGUGUGUUCGUAACGUUAUUGCACCGUUAUAGUACAUUUUUGCCGUAUUUUACAUUCUGAGUGGAGCGAGGAGUGUAUUGGUUUUUACAAUGGUGUUUAUUUUAAUUUUUUUUUUUUUUUUGUACGCGAACACUUUUCCUACCAGAAAUCAUACUCCGAUUAUGAAGUAUAGCGCAUUUUCUGAAAGUUCCGAAAAUCUGGUUCUUCAGGUUACAAAAAAAUUGAAAUAUUAAAAAUAAGACUGUCAUUGGCAACCGUUUUUUAUUUAUUUUUUGUUAUUAUUAUUUUUAAACAAUCAUUGUUGUCAUAGAAACGCGCAUUGUUUGUAUUCGUUUUACCAUAAUAUGGCAUAUACCAUAUAUUGUAUUGUUGACAAAGCCACACUAUCAACUGAACUCCGCUCAGAAUCGUUUUUUCGUUAACAAUGGUUUAUCGUUGCUUACAGAUAUACAUUUAAUUCCCGUCUGGAUCCUAUAUUUCCAACUUCUCACUUACAACCGUGGCUGCGCUCACGUGAGAAGUAUGACAGUCCUUUUUUUUUUUUAUGUAAUUAAAUAUAUGUACUAACUUGUUCAGUUCUUAAAUUUGAUUACAUUGGGACAACAGAAUUUAUUUGUCACUAUUUUAUAAAUAAUAUUUAAAACAAACCUGAAACUUAUCUACUGUGAAAAACCGAUUUUUCAGACGCUACGGUUUCGCCCAAAUAAGAUUGGUUACUACUGGGUUUGCGCGGGCAUUUCUGAAGUGUGCCCGAUUUCGUCUUUUGUCCGUAACAUUUAUACGUGUACUAUAUUAUUAUAUUUAAUACAAUACGAUUAUACUUGGUAUAGUACGACUACACUGGUGGUGAAUUUAAGAUAUUUUAUUUGUUUAGCGAAAUUGUUUUCUCUUCCUUUCUCUCUUAUCCCUUUUCCUUUCGAUCUACAACCCAUCAAGAGAACCGUUAUGGCUGUUAUGCAAAAAUACUAUCCACUCAUCUCAGUCCGGAGUACCUAUAUUCUUCCCGAUUCGCUAUACCUAAGUAUAUGAUCCGUGUCUUCUACAUUGUCCCUCCAUCGUUUCCCAUAGGCUUCUACUUGCCGGUCUUUUACCGGUUGAAUACUAUACAGUUAAUGAUCGACAUCUUCAUUACAUCUGUGCUCUCUCAAUGCAUAUUGCAUGACUAUUACAAUUCUUGAUUUUUACAUCAGCGAUGUUUCUUUUCGCAGCUAAUUAUUUAUUAAUUUAUUUAUUUCAUAAAUAUAUAGGUCAGCGUUGGCCUCACUACUACAUCGCUGUGUAUAGUUUAAUUUUUUUUCGUUUCGAUAGUAAAAUUCAUUUGAAACACUACUUUAGUUGGACACAUAAAAUGGAUUCCCUGGUUUUUUGUAUUCUGUUAACUAUGUCUAUACGUUUCGAUUCAAAUUAAACGUGUCGGCUAUUUAAAAACUAUACAGUUGCUUAUUGAGAGUGACCUUGCUUCACUCGCAAGGAGAAAUACUUGAAAUUUCAAAAUUCCUUUUCAAUAAAUACGAUUAGAAUAUUAAUACAAUUGUAGAACGUACUGACGAAUUUUUCGUCAAGGGAAUCGGUAUUUUAGUUGUUCUGAGUGAUUUUGAAUCCUGUUUAUAAAAAUUCUUCGUGUUGCAUCCGCACUAAUUCCUAUAGUCGUUUUAAAUAUUUAUGUAUACAUAUAUUGUACAGGUUAAAAAACAGGAAGAGCAAAAGGAAAAAGCAGGAACGUAAAACUGCUACGGCGUUGGCGGUCAACAAUACAACUGCGACGGGAAGUCGUCGCGGAGGCGGGAACGGAAACGGAAAAAGAGCAGGGAAAAAAAAGAAAAACGACGACAAGUUCAGAUGUCUGUGGAUAAAAGUGCCGUAUCCGGUGACGGAAGACUGUACAUGUUCGUGUAGAAAAUCCGACGAAUAAACCGGCGAUUCAAAAUACGAGUAUAACCUUGUUCGUAAAUUAAAUUAAUUUUGAAUCUGUUUUUUUUUUUUAAUUUUUAUUUAUAUCCUACUAAAACGGUGCUAAAAGUACAAUAAUAUUUUGAAAAUUCGA